UCGAACGUCAGGAAAUGUGCCCGUGGAGGCUGGUGGCCGCUCUCAGGUUUCUCUCUGGUUUAACAGUUGGACAACGUUACCGACCAAUCCGAUUGUCCAACUCAGAGGCUGCUGAAUAUAUCGCUUCCUUGAAAAGCGGCGACCAAAUCGAACGCCAGUCGCCGUUCAAGUCGCUACGCGAACCGGGUCGUAUCGUAGUUGCCGGCGGUGUCUUCGCGCUCGCGACGCACGCAGCUCUCUCUUCCGGCGACCAGACGAAGGGUUCCCCGUUGCUGAAUCGCAGAACUCGCGAUCAACCAUUUACUCGUCGAAAGCACGCUUUUGCCAUGGCUGUUGGUGACUUGAAGACCGCCAAAGGCGUCGAAGAACUUAACACCUACCUCGCCGACCGCAGUUACAUCGCAGGGUGGCAAGCAAGUCAGGCUGAUGUCGCAGUAUUCGAAGCUCUAGGAAAAGCACCAUCCUCUUCGAAUGCUCAUGUACUCCGUUGGUACAACCACAUAAAGUCAUACGACCUUAAGUCACUCCCCGGAGAAAAGAAAGCUCCUGCCAUUUUUAGUACUAGCGCUCCAGCUUCAUCCGCAGCGAAGGCGAACGAAGAUGACGAUCUGGAUUUAUUCGGUUCGGACGAAGAAGAGGAUGCGGAGGCUGCAAAAAUCAGAGAGGAAAGGUUAAAGGCAUACGCAGAGAAAAAAUCGAAGAAACCUGCAGUCAUCGCCAAGUCGAGUAUCGUAUUGGACGUAAAGAGCUGGGGCGAUGAAACGGACAUGAAAGAGAUGGAGAAUGCAGUGAGAUCGGUCCAGAUGGACGGCCUUGUCUGGGGUGCAUCGAAACUUGUUCCGGUGGGUUAUGGCAUAAACAAGUUACAAAUAAUGUGCGUGAUAGAGGAUGAGAAAGUGUCUGUGGACUUGUUGAUCGAACAGAUUCAAGAAUUCGAGGACCUAGUUCAAUCUGUAGACAUUGCUUCGUUCAACAAAAUCUAAGGGACAAAACAGCUCAUUACUUUUAAUAUUGAAUUAAUAAAUAUUAAUUGUUUACAUAUAUAUAA